GGCAAGGAACCAAAACUCCACUAUAGAUGUACAUGUGUAUAAGAGUGGAGAAAAAAAAUCUUGUGAGAGGCCAGACUCAACCGGGAGAGCAAGUUCUCCUCUGGCAUAUUAAAAUAGCACUGCUGCAACUACAGAGAGAAAAAUUACUGAAACUGUGAGAUUCGUCGGAAAUAGUUCACCGAGCUGGUUGGUGAAAAGAGGAAAGAACUAUUGAGGAUAGUAAAAAGAGAUAUUUAGGUCUGAUUUUGGUGAUUUGAAUAGCCCUGUAAUAUAGUAAACAAUUUAUUUUUGUUGCACAUCAUAGAUUAAUGAAGAUUUGGGUAACAUAACAGUGCCAACAUGGCAGUAGCAGUACUACACCCAUAUACAUAACUGCAUCAACAAAUUAGGUACUUACUGCAAGAGGUACAAGUACAGAGUCAUAGCAAGCACACCAUAGUUGGUGACUUAUUAUUCAUGCAACAUCCAGCCAACAAUAUGUGCGAAUGAGUUCAUUAUGAAAUCUCUCCUUUUAUAGGUUGGAACAGGGAGAUAUACUUCAGAGAGAGGAGUCACAGGGAAAAGAUCCUGCAGGUCUGCCUGGACCGUCUACUGACAGAUGUAUUAGUAGCUCUACAACGGCUUCAAGGUUCCUGCAGGUUGAACUGGAAUUGAACGCAAGGUUACGGAUGAUGUCCUUUGGAAAACCAGUGCGGUACACAUACAACCCGCUUGAGUAUGCCUGGGACACACAUCAGUGUUAUGUGGACACAUACUGUCGAGGAGGGCAGAGUAUUCUCUUUUUGGGCAUGAACCCAGGGCCUUUUGGCAUGGCACAAACAGGGGUUCCAUUUGGUGAGGUAAAAGCAGUUCGUAAUUGGUUGAAGAUCACUGGAAGGGUUGGACGGCCAGCUGAUGAGCAUCCCAAACGACGAAUCACAGGCCUUGACUGUACUCAGAGUGAAGUGAGUGGAGCCCGUUUCUGGGGAUUUUUUCAAGAGCUUUGCGGUGAGCCACACAACUUUUUCCGCCACUGUUUUGUGCACAACUUGUGCCCUCUCAUCUUCAUGAAUGAUUCAGGCAAGAACCUAACACCACCGGAACUUCCCAUUGUGCAACGUGAUGCUCUUUUAUCCUGUUGUGAUGAUGCUCUUUGUCAGGUUGUCACUGCGUUGGGUGUAUCCUUGGUUAUUGGAGUGGGCAAAGUUUCUGAGCAGCGAGCUCGGCGGGCUCUGGCAGAAGCUGGUAUCAAGGUGCGAGUGGAGGGUAUUAUGCAUCCAUCCCCAAGAAAUCCAUUGGCAAAUAAGGGUUGGGCGAACAUAGUCAGGGCUAAACUGGAGGAACUGGGACUUUUGAGUUUGCUCACCGGAUGACAAUUCUUACAUUAUAAUCACCCAGCAGUGCUUUGUAACUCCACAAUAUCCAUUGUUAUGACGCUAUGUACUCUCUUCAAUGAGACACUGAUUGUUGUUUUGUAUUUUUAUGUAUUUUUACAUGUGUCUUUGUUGGCCAUUUUGAAUGUGCAUAUUAUGUUAUGCAUUUGUUGAUGUUUAUUCUAUUUUGCCAUUAUUAAAAUAUGUAUGUGUUCCUGACAGCUCACUUGGUUGAGCCUUGCCUUAGCAGAGCAAAGGUCCAAGGCCCCUUAUUUAUAAACGUUGCGCACACACAAAUUGGGCUUAGAAAUGUACGCACACAAUUUUCAAUGUACAGAUCAGGAGUAAACACUUGCAGUAAACAAGUGUGAGCCGUAUGGACACUUUAGACUCUUUAAAGGGGCCCUUUUAUGAAAAUCAGACUAUUGCCGUGUUUAAGUGCUAUUAUCGGGUCUCUGGUGCAUCUACCAACUCAGAAAACAUAAAAAAUAACAACUCAGUAACUUUGCUUUGAUGAGCCUAUCUCUGCAAGCCUGUAAGAAAAUAAGCAGAUCAAAUUUCACACCCUUUCUGACAGUAGGUAGUGGUUGUGUAAAAGUAGGUAAAACCGGGGGGAUCUGUUGGUUAAGGUCCAAAUUUCAUUUUCAUUGCAGCUUUAAAAGGCUCUACAGGACACCAGCCGAUAAGUUAGGGUGUUGUCUGGCAAAACGAUUGGUCAUUUUCCAAGAAAACAAGAAUUAUUAUCAGUUAGUUUAGUCAAUGUAUGAAAAAAUCCAAUAAUACCAUAUAUUCUGUAUAUUUCAUAAUUGUCUUAUUCUUAUGAUUUUUCCUUUUGCUAUAGAAAUAGAUUUGAAUUGAACAACCUGAAAUUUGAAUUGAAAACACUGUAUUGCUUAAAUUCACUGUAUUUUGCUUUGUAUAAGUGUCUGGCAAAUACAUUAAUUUAAAUCUAUAGUGCAAAUAAUUUGUCGUAUAGACUCAUGAACAUGACAAAAUGUCGAAGUCUGUCUGUAGAUCUUUGUUUACUGCUGGUUUAAUUCUGCAUGGAAGACACAAAUGUUGAAUAGAAUAAUGUCAAUAAAUUCUACCUCUUAUUUGGU